AUGCCUGGUUUGUUUCUUCAGCUACUCCUACUCUUUCUUGUUAGUCCUUGCAAUAUUCUUCAAUUCACAUUUUGUAAAGACUAUGGCUCAGCCAACGUUUCAUCCUUAUGGAAAAACAACAUCUCUUCCACUUCCAUGGGAAACUGGACAUUCUCUGAUGGUUCUGUUGUUAGGCCUGUUCUUGCAACUUACUAUCAUGACCGCCCAAAUUUUGGAUUUGGAUUUUUCAGAAAUGGGACUGUCAGUGAUGGUUCUUUCUAUCUUGUGUCACUCAAAAUUCCACUCUCCUUAAAUCCAUCUUUUCGUUUUAAAGAUUAUUCCCCUGUAAUUCUUUGGUGUGCUAAUCGAGAAAGGCCGGUUGGAGAGGAAUCAACUCUUGAAUUUACUUCUGAUGGGAACUUGGUGUUGAAUGACAGUAAUGGCACUCUUGUUUGGUCAUCUAACACCUCUGGUACCUCUGUCAACGUAAUGGGCAUAUCAUAUGCAGGAAACCUGAGACUUUACAAUUCGAGAAUGGCAAUGAAAUGGCAAUCUGUUCAUGCUUCGACAAAUACAUGGCUUCCCAAACAGUUUAUGCAUUAUGGCCAAGGGUUAAGGUCCACUAUUUCAGCCACAAAUUUCUCUUCAGGCUUGUUUAAUCUCUCUGUAACUGAUAAUGGUAUUCAUGUAUUCAAUCUAUCAAAUUCUCGAAACUCUCGUCACACUAUCUUUUCAUAUAAUAAUGGUGGGCAUGCAUCAUUCAAUUUUGUCAUUGGGUCUUUGGAGUUCUCAAACAACCGUGUGAGCUACAAACCAAAUGGAGAAGCCUUCCAGUGUCUGAGACUCGAGCCAGAUGGCCGUUUCAACGCUUAUCAAUUAGUUGAUGGGUACAAAAUGACCUUGGCCUACAGUCUUCUUGGUCAAGAAGAAGGCAUUACGCCAUUGACACCUGCAGAAAAGAAGGAACACAAAUCAUCUUUGCAAAAAAAGCUAGUAAUUUAUCUUUCCCCUUCUUUGGUAUUUGGCUUCAUGUCAACUGGAAGUUGCUGUUUCUAUUUCCUGUGGAGGAGAAGAAAAAAUAUCAAGCAAAGAGGAGAAAGAUCAACAGCAGUGGGAGGAGAAGGAUAUGACGAGUCUUCAAGUGCUCAAGUACCACUUGUUCUCAACAAGUUCUCUCACAGCUUUCUUGUAUCUGCCACGCAGAAUUUUGAAGUGAAGCUUGGUAAAGGAGGAUUUGGGGAGGUGUUCCAAGGCGACAUAAACGGCAUAAAAGUUGCAGUGAAAAGCCUAUACCACGAUGUCCGGCAGCAAAGUGAAUUCAAGGCGGAGGUAAAAACACUUGGCAGCAUUCACCAUUUCAAUCUUGUGAGGCUAGUUGGGUACUGCAUUACAAACAAGAAACGACUCCUUGUGUAUGAGCACAUGUCUAAUGGAUCCUUAGAUAAAUGGAUAUUCCCAGAAAGCCAAAGACAGAGACUUCCAUGGAAAAUGAGGAGGAAGAUCAUUGUUGGCAUCGCUGAGGGACUCAAGUAUCUUCAUGUGCAUUGCAAUCCCCAUAUAAUUCACUUCGAUGUUAAACCCCAAAAUAUUCUCUUAGAUGAAGACUUCAACGUCAAGAUUGCUGAUUUUGGAUUAGCAAAACUGAUGGAAAGAGACAGAAGUCAAGUGUGGACAAGAUUGAAGGGAACUAGAGGCUAUAUAGCUCCUGAGUUGUUCAAGGGCAAAGAUAUUUCAAUGAAUGUUGAUGUUUACAGCUUUGGAAUCGUAAUACUUGAGACAAUUUGCGGACGGCAGAAUCUGGAUUCAUCAGAAAAGGAGUUUCUGAUAGAUUUAGUGCUGAAAAAAGUGGAAGAGAAUAGACUGAUGGAUUUAGUUGAUAAGCAGGCAGACAUGCAAUCAAAUUUGGAUGAAGCUGUUACAAUGUUGGAGAUGGGGAUUUGGUGCCUACAGCCUCAUGGUAGAAGGCCAUCCAUAUCUUUGGUUAUGAAAGUUCUUGAUGGUUCAAUACCUACGGGACCACUCACUGACUAUAGCUUCUUAACUAUGGAAAUUCGCUCAGAAGAACCCAAACCAGCUGCCACCACCUCUCUCAUCGCCUCAGCCUUGUCAGGACCUCGUUGA